AUGAUCUUCUAUAACCUCAUCCUGCCAGCUUACUUACUUUCUUGCGUAAAGGCGUCUUCUCCAGGCAAAAGAGUCGAUGAACCUCAGGUGACGAUCUAUCCCUCCACCUCAGAUGGACAAGGCAUCAUUCUCACGGGGAUCACUUUCCCUCAAUUUGGUCAAAAUGUUUUCUUGAGUACCCCAUACGCUGAACCUCCCGUGGGAGAUUUGAGAUUCCGUCCUCCGGAAGCCAAAGUGUUCAACGCUUCUUCCUAUGCUGCGACUUCACAACCUCCCGCAUGUCUUCAGUUGAACAACACGUUGAUAGGAUCUUUCGGAGUCAGCGAAGACUGCCUGUACCUCAAUGUCUUUACUCCCCAAGGAUGGGGACCUAACAGUCCCCCACUCCCGGUUAUGGUCUACGUACACGGAGGUGCAUUCCAGGCCGGUGGGAUCUCUGGAUACAAUGCCACUGCUAUCCUUGAACGUGGGAUUGCUACAAACAGACCAGUCAUCUUUGUGGCCAUAGCAUAUCGGCUGAACAUACUAGGGUUUGGAUCCGGGUCAGAUAUCGCUGCCAACGGUGCGGCCAAUCUUGGUCUCAAAGAUCUCCAACUUGGGUUCCAAUGGGUUCAAGAGAAUAUCUGGGCGUUCGGUGGUGAUCCCACUCAGGUCACCGCUUUUGGCCAAUCUGCUGGAGCCACUGCUAUCACCCUUUUAUACUUGAAUCAGAACACUACCCUUUUCCGAUCAGCUAUCAUGGAAUCUGGCGCUCAGGGCACUACUCCCAUCGGCCCCACUUCUACCACAUGGCAAGCAACUUACGACCUCUUCGCCGAAUUUUCUGGUUGCAUGGCGCCAGCGUCCACCUCCACCCAUGCCACUGUUGGCUCCCGUGACUCUGCCGGAUCUAAUACUACGACUUUCGACUGUAUAAAAGCAUUGUCGGCUGAGGCAAUCGUGGACGCCACGGCUUCAGUGGUCAAUUUGACAUCUCUGACAGGCAGGUUCAUCUAUGCUCCUAGUAUAGACGGCGAAAUCAUCACUGAUUCCCCCCAUACCUUGUUGGCGGAAGGAAAAUUCUCCAAACUGCCCUUCAUCACCGGUAACUGCGUAGACGAAGGUACACCAUUCGUGCCCACUUCGGUGACGAAUGAGACACAGGUCGGUAUGUACAUUGACUCUUUCGAGCCGGUACCACCCAAUACGACAGUUUUGCAAGACCUUUUCCAGGUCUAUCCAGACGAUCCUUCUCUUGGCUCACCAUAUGGAACCGGGAACGAGACUUUCGGUCUGGCACCUGAAUUUAAGCAGAUUGCUUCCAUUUUUGGUGACGCAUUGUUCCAAGCGAAUCGAAGAUGGCUCUUGAAACAAGCAAGAGAUCAUGGACAACCCAAGAUCUGGUCGUAUCUAUGGACAGAACCGCCCAUCGGAAUCUCUCCUCCAUAUCAAGGAGUCGCCCAUGGGUGCGAAGUGUACUACGUCUACGGCUUUGUCAGAGCCGAAACUGGCUAUAACGCAGAGCAAGUGGCUCUGGCGCAGCGUGUAGAGGAUUAUUGGCUCAACUUCGCCUACUUCUCUGAUCCCAAUGGACAGUCAAAUCUGGCCCUCACAUAUUGGCCAACGUACGGUAGUAAUCUGACAAUGCUCGAAUUUGCGGCGGGCAACGAUACCCUCAUUGUGGACGAAUACAGGAAAGAGCAAAUGGAUUUUUUGAACGACAAUCCGAAAGCUUUCAACUAUCGCCGAGGGCUCUGA